UGUCAAACUCAAGGCCCGCGGGCCAAAUGUGGCCCGCCACGUCAUUUUAUGUGGCCCGCGAGAGUUUAAAAAGUCUGAGUGUCUAAAAAUAAAUAGGUCAAAAGCGUGCUUUGACAAAAAACUACAUUUCCCACAAUGCCUGUCGACUAUGAUACCCGCGAAGUGAGGGCUCACCGCCACUACACGGCAGUGUUUCCACAUCAACGUCAACGAGUAGAAUUGAGAAAUAAAUAACGAUCCCAAAAUGUCCAAGAAAAGAAAAGCUGAUACAGAUGGAAGAAUGUUUCAAGAAAGAUGGGAAGGCGAAUACUUGUUUGUGCUUCAAGGAGAAAGACCGGUAUGUCUUUUGUGUUACGAGGCGUUGGCGGUUGUCAAAGAGUACAAUCUGCGGCGGCAUUUUGACACCAAACACGGAGCUAAGUACGCCAAAGCUAGCCUUCAAGAAAAGCAACAAAUUGCCCGAGAAUUGAAAGGCAAACUGCGGUCGCAGCAGAGUUUGUUCUCAAAAUCCACCGCCAAAAAUAUUGCGGCAGUGAAAGCUAGCUUUAUUGUGGCUGAAGAAAUCGCCCACGCUUCCAAGUCUUUUUCAGAUGGAGCGUUUUUGAAGCAGUGCAUGCUGAAGGUCUGUGAGCAGGUGUGUCCCGACCAGUUACAGACUUUUAAAAAUGUCAGUUUAUCAAGAAAUACCAUCGCGGACAGAGUUCAGGAACUAGCAGAAAAUCUUGCAAUACAGCUGGCCGAUGAAACACGCAGCUACACAGCUUUUUCAUUAGCUGUUGAUGAAAGCACAGAUAACACGGAUACAGCACAGUUAUCAAUUUUUAUUAGAGGCGUGAAGUCGGAUCUUUCUAUCACUGAGGAGCUGUUGGAUGUGGCUGCAAUGCAUGGGACCACGACGGGACAGGACAUUUUUGAUGCGGUGGAGAAGUCUCUAACUAAAAAUACAUUGCCCUGGGAAAACUUGGUGGGAUUAACUACAGACGGUGCGCCGGCAAUGUGUGGAGAAAAAGUGGGCUUGGUUGGGUUAAUGAAGGGGAAAAUGCAAAAAAUGAACUGUCACACGCCUCUGAUAACGUAUCACUGCAUUAUCCAUCAAGAAGCUUUGUGUGGGAAGGUGCUGGGGAUGGAUGACAUUGUGACCACAGUCAUGAAAACGGUGAACUUCAUUUGGGCGCGUGGCCUGAAUCACCGUCAGUUCCAGCUGUUUUUGCAGGAGAUGAGCUCGGAGCACGGGGAUGUGCCGUAUCAUACAGAAGUGCGGUGGCUGAGUAGGAGCAAAGUGCUUAAGCGAUUUUUUGAGCUCAGGAAAGACAUUGCUCUUUUUAUGCAAAGUAAAGGAAAACCCUUUUCUGAACUGUCAGAUCCAAAGUGGCUGUGUGACUUUGCUGUGUUGUGUGACAUAACCGAGCAUCUCGCCCAACUGAAUGAGAAGCUGCAGGGACGCAAACAAGUGAUCACGCAGAUGUCUGACACGAUCACCGCCUUCCAGCGUAAACUGGACCUAUGGAUGUGCCAUGUGAAACAGGACAAUCUUGUCCACUUUCCUGUUUGUCAGAGCAUGUCAGCCUCAUUUCCCGAAACCUUUUCAUGUGCUCAGUUGGCUACCAAACUGAGCCGGUUAAAGACUGAGUUUGAUCGGCGCUUCUCUGACUUCAGAGCACAGCAGUCUGGCUUUGACAUCUUUGCUAAUCCUUUCACCAUCGACGUGUACACUGCACCCCAACACCUUCAGAUGGAGUUAAUUGAGCUUCAAAGCGACAGUGGUCUGAGAGCAAAGUUCCAGGAUGCUGCAAUCCAGGACUUUUACCGUCUGCUGCCCCCUGGUUUAAUGCCACAGCUUCGACUUCAUGCUGCCCGUGUUCUGUCCAUGUUUGGGAGCACCUAUCUGUGCGAACAGAUGUUUUCCAUAAUGAAUCUGAACAAAAACCAGCACAGAUCACGUCUCACUGAUGGCAACCUCCAUGCUGUUCUACGGAUUGCUUCAGCACAGGACUUAAAACCAGACAUUGACACUCUGGCAGCAGGAAAACGGUGUCAGACAUCUGGUCAGAAAACACACAGAACAUGAUCAAUGGAUGGUGAUCAAUGGAGAGGAGAUCCACUUGGUGUGUUCAAGAACAGGCAGCAUCUCCUCAUCAAAAACUAACCUAAAAACCUGACCAAUAGUUGUGAACUGAAUCA